AUGACGCGGCAAACAGUCAGCGUUCUCGACUGGCGCCGCGACCCGGCCUUCCCAGCCAAUGUCAAGGUGCCCUCGCCAAGUCGAAGCGAUGGGAAGGGCAGCGACAUCCUGGGACCCCAGAACCCGGAUCGUCAGAGGCAGGAGCCUGAUACAAUAUGCCCUCCGAUCACGGACAGCGGCAAAAUGCCGAACAUGAAGUGGUCAUUCACGGAUUCGCAUAUGCGCUUGGAAGAAGGCGGAUGGGCAAGAGAGACGACAGUACGCGAGCUACCGACAUCCAAAGAAAUCGCUGGUGUGAACAUGCGCCUCGAAGCCGGGGUGUACAGAGAGCUGCACUGGCACAACGAAGCUGAAUGGGCGUACAUCAUCAAAGGGCAGUGUCGUAUCACUGUGCUUGACACUGAAGGUGGCUCCUUUAUCGAUGACUUAGAAGAAGGCGAUCUAUGGUACUUCCCAACGGGGUAUCCCCAUUCCAUCCAAGGUCUCGGAAAGGAAGGCACAGAGUUUUUACUGAUUUUCGACGAUGGCAACUUCUCCGAAGACUCGACGUUUUUGCUCACAGAUUACCUGGCAAGAACACCCAAGGAGGUCCUCAGCAAGAAUUUUCGGGUCGAUGAGAGAGUCUUCAAUUCGCUCAGUCAGCGCGAAAAGUAUAUUUUCCAAGGCACAAUGCCUGGACCACUUGACCAGGACAGGAAGAAGAAACCUCUCAAAUUCCCCGGAGGUGAAGUGCGUAUCACAGACAGCACCAACUUCACAAUCUCAAAGACUAUCGCCGCAGCCCACGUCUUGAUCAAUCCGCAUGCGCUGAGAGAGAUGCACUGGCACCCUAACGCCGACGAAUGGUCCUUCUUCCUGCGAGGAAAAGCUCGAGUGACCAUCUUCGCUGCUAACGGCGUUGCAAGAACUUUCAACUAUCAGGCUGGAGACGUGGGCAUCGUGCCCAAGAACAAUGCUCAUUUCGUCGAGAACAUCGGCGACGAGCCAGUUGAGAUGCUUGAAAUGUUUCGGGCACCAAAGUUUGAGGACUUUUCCCUAGAGCAGUGGCUUGCCCAGACUCCGGCAACUAUGGUUGCGGAGCACCUGAACUUGACCGGCUCCAGGCGAGAGGAGUUCUUGAACUCCCUGUCGAAGGACAAGACAGCUGUGAAACCACCGCUAAGGAAGAACAAGUCUAUGUCCGAUUUGUGA